CCCGCUCCUUUAUAAAUGAGCCCAGCCGCUGCUGACUCCUCAAGCGCAUAGCCAGCGCGCUCCCGCCCAGUCGCACUUUUUGCGCAGGAGACCAAGUGGCCUGGGGCGUCCAGGUAGGCGAAAGAACCCCGAUCUUGAGGCCAGCCAGCGCGGGCUGGUAACAGACCCCUUGGCAGGCAGCCCACACCGCGCCGGGACGCCGCAGCCAGAGACGCAGGUGUGGGGGACUUGGCUCCGCGUCCCUAGCUCGCUGCCCGCCCCUAGGCGCCUGGGGUGCCCCGAGAGCCAACUCGGGCAGACGCCAGGGCUGCAGGUUCGAGUCGCCCCGCCUCCUCCUGCAGCUGAGCGCCACACGCACCAGCCAGAGCCCUUCCGCUCCGUCUUAGUCUGCGGUCACAGCUGAGGUUUUCAGAACUUUGCAGGCAGGUCCCACACCGCGCCUGCCGCCAGCCCGGGAGAUUCCACGCUCCGUCGGACACCGACGCCCCAACUUUCUACAAGCGUCUGUCUCCUGCCCCCGUUUGUGUGCGUUUGGGGGCUCCCGUGCUAAGGGCUGCGCUCAACUUCCCUGGGUGAACCCAGAACCACGGUGCACGGGAGCGUUUCCACCGCAAGGCACUUGCCCCCGCCUCGCAGCCGACCCUCGAGGAGGCGCUGAGCCUGGAAGAUCCGAAACCCAAAUCGGCCGGGGGCUUUUCUUUCCAGACCCCGGUGCCCGGCGCAGAUUGGCCGGGCCGAGGACCGGCGCUUUCGGAGAGGCGUCGCGCCGUCGGGUGUAGCGCGCGUCAUGGCCGGCUGCUGCUGCCUGUCCGCGGAGGAGAAGGAGUCCCAGCGCAUCAGCGCCGAGAUCGAGCGGCAGCUUCGCCGGGACCGGAAGGACGCACGCCGGGAGCUCAAGCUGCUUUUGUUGGGACUUAAGCUGGUUUGGAAUUCGGCCACCCUUCCAUCUUCCCUGCUAGACUGGACGUCUUGAGUGUGGGGAUGAUCGUAACCACGAAUCCUCAGCAUCAUGUAUAGUGCCUGGCUGCUCCAUAAGCACUGGCUAAGUAGGCUAGCGCUUUACCAUUUGGUGUCAACAGUAUUGCAUAGAAGAUAGGAUGUUUGGAUUUGAAAAAAUAAAGGACUUCAGAGAGGAUAACGCUUGAGGAACUGGUGAAAGUGGGAAGAGCACCUUUAUCAAGCAAAUGAGAAUCAUCCAUGGGUCUGGUUACAGCGACGAAGACAGGAAGGGCUUCACCAAGCUGGUUUACCAGAACAUCUUCACCGCCAUGCAGGCCAUGAUCAGAGCCAUGGACACCUUAAGGAUCCCUUACGUGUGUGAGCAGAAUAAGGAGAACGCGCAGUUAAUCCGAGAGGUGGAGGUGGACAGGGUGUCGGCGCUGUCCGGGGACCAGGUGGAGGCCAUCAAGCAGCUGUGGCGGGACCCCGGGGUCCAGGAGUGCUACGACCGGCGGCGCGAGUACCAGCUGUCCGACUCGGCCAAGUACUACCUGACUGACAUUGACCGGAUUGCCAUGCCGUCCUUCGUGCCAACACAGCAAGAUGUGCUCCGGGUCCGGGUGCCCACCACUGGCAUCAUAGAGUAUCCAUUUGACUUGGAAAACAUCAUCUUUCGGAUGGUGGAUGUGGGUGGCCAACGAUCUGAACGACGGAAAUGGAUUCACUGCUUUGAGAGCGUCACUUCCAUCAUUUUCUUGGUGGCUUUGAGCGAAUAUGACCAGGUCUUGGCUGAAUGUAACAAUGAGAACCGUAUGGAAGAGAGCAAAGCCUUGUUUAAAACCAUCAUCACUUACCCCUGGUUUCUGAACUCAUCUGUGAUUUUGUUCUUAAAUAAGAAGGAUCUUUUGGAAGAGAAAAUCAUGUACUCUCAUCUCAUUAGCUAUUUCCCAGAAUACACAGGACCAAAGCAGGAUGUCAAAGCUGCCAGAGACUUUAUCCUGAAGCUUUACCAAGAUCAGAAUCCUGACAAAGAGAAAGUCAUCUAUUCCCACUUCACCUGCGCUACGGAUACAGAGAAUAUUCGCUUUGUCUUUGCUGCUGUCAAAGACACAAUCCUGCAAUUAAACUUAAGGGAAUUCAACUUAGUUUAGAAGCACUGCCCUUCCUCCAGACCAGGAGACAAUGGUUUGUAAGCCCCUCAUUUUAUUUUCAAGUGCUCUGACAUCAUCGCCUAAGCCAGGCCCUUGUCCCAGGCACCAAGGACAUCAUGCAGACCCUGGGAAUAGAGAUGGGUAAUGAAACUUCGAGUUUAGUUUACUAUAACCUUCUAGAGGUUUUUUAUUUCCAAGUUUUUAAUAAUUAUUUUCUUGACUAAGAUUUGUCUAAUUUUUUUAUUUGAUGUUUUAUAGAAUUUUAAGUGGCCACUGUGAUUUACUUUAAGUAUGUUUAAUAGUAGGCACUAAAAAUCAUUUGAGAGGGGCCUACUAAUUUAUAGAUUAUGCCUUGAGACCUCCAGGAUUAAUCUGGGUCUUUUUUUCCUCAAAGGAAUAUAAAUGCGUUUAAAGCUUUUUUAUUAAGUCUUAGAGGCAUUUUCAAUUGUUUUUCUCUAAUGCUGAAGAAAGACUACUUUAACAUGCCACUGAAAACGGUUCUUUUUGUGUUAAUUUUCUAAGCCAAGUUAACGAAUUAGUACCUCUAAUUUAAAUAUUAAGAAGGCUAAAAUUUAAAAUGUGCUGACUGGGUUUUACUAUACCUUCUAUUUACGUAAUGACUCUGAUUUGAGCUUCCUCCUGAGCAAAUGCUCUUAGAAAGAAAAAGAAUCCCGUAAUAGUUCCUGAGGCUCACAGUGCCCUCCCAGGCAGCUGUCCCAUGGCAAAAGAUCGAAGUGAAGCAGUGUCCCUCUUGUCCCCUCUCCCUUGCCCUGUUCUGCUUUUACUUGAAGCAUUUCUAAACAACUGCAAAACCAGGUUUGGGUAUUAGGAACUAGAUGACCACGACCACGCCAACUCAGGAGUGUGUGUCAUUUGGUUCCUGGAAAGGAGUGGCAGGAGCCGCCCUCAUCUAUGGGACACUGUGAUGGAACCAAGGACUUCCGUCCGUGUUCCGCAUGCACAGGAACCGCGAGGUCUGCCAGGCUGUGAGGACCUGUCCCCUCCGGCAGGGGGGUGCAAGGAGGGAAGUCCACUGUGUGGUGGCACCGAUCUUCUGAUACAACACAGCACCAGCUGGGGACUGAAGUUGCUCAAGGAUGAGCAGAUUUUUAACCAUAUUUGUGGGGCACAUUAAUAUUCAACAGUUUGAAAUUCAUGUAUGUUGCAAAACUGUGGCAAACUACAGCCUUAGACCCACAACGCCCUCCUUGUGGGGAUGCAUAAUUUGCAAAGUAGCCGAGUGAAUUAUGAAUAGUCUCCUGCAUCCCGAUGAUGCCUCUCCAUUAUGCAUUCUUUUCCAGGGCACCUGACAAGGGCAUUCCUGUCUUAUGGAGGUUCUCACUUUUUCUUCUUUUUAAAGCAGCAAGAAAUUAUGAUUCAAGGAUCUGAAACCCUAAUGUUACAGGCAAAGCCUCAUUUUUGUGGAAUAUAAAACACUGUUUCCUUCACUUCCAAGAGCUCGUUGAGAGAAGCCACUACUAAGUCAUGCUCCUGCAGCAUUUCUGGGUAGUGGGACACUGCUCCUCGAUCCUCGCUGAGGACCAUGUCUUGCACUUCUGCCAUUCCACUUACUCUAGGAAUUGGGGCAAUCUGUAAUUUGAUACCAGGGUGAAUAUCCUGUUCUGCCUUGCUGAUGUGGGGUGUCCUCUAACCUCCUUCUCUUUUGGAGAAAGACAAGACUGUCCAGAUUCCAUCUUGUUGGCCAGCUCUUCCACUGAGGUUGUAUUAGUUUCACUGACUAAAGGGUCAGAAGUAACUCCUUCUGCAGUUCUUUUUGAGUCUUGCAAAAUACUAAGAACUUCUCGCAGCUCUUGUAUUGAUGUUGCCCCCUUUUUAAUGGCCUCUUCAUAUAGCCCAGUGACAUCAAAGGUGCCUUUACUUGCCAACAACUUUGCUUUGCAGAUCCAGAAUUUAGCAAAUUUUCAGCCUCAAGAAUGCUGGACAGUAUGGCAAGUAUGUCACUGGAAAGCGUACCCUCUUCAAUGAGCUGCAGACAUUCUGUAAGUUUUGUUGAUUUUAUUGGACAGCUCAAAUUGAGCUUUCUUUUCAAUGCUCUUCCAGAAAUAUUCAUUUCCUCUAUUUUUAAGUUCCAUAAAAGGUUGCUUAUAGAUCUUCCCCUUAGAUUUCUGCCAUUCUUCCAGUUGUUUCCUUUGAUCUUCUGCUGUUCCUAGCCGUGGCUGUGACUCCAGCUUAAGUUUUGGGAGCUGUCAUGCUCAGAAAACUGUUCUGAGGAAGAGCCCUUUUCAAGUGGGAGUCCAAAGUCUGCUUUUUGUUGAAAGCUGUUGCCAUACUUAAGUUGGGCAUGCUUGGAGUGACUGAAUGAGAGCUGCAAAUGGUCAGACUAGGCUUCUGGUUUAUUGGUUUCAUUUUUUUGCAGUAUACACGAUGUCUGGGGUCUAAAAUAAGGCUGCGUGGAUUUCUGGUCUGCCUGAUGCUUGUAAGUCUGUUACGUACUCCCAGAACAAAAUUGGGGUAUGUCCUGGGUUUGGUAUGUUUUGCUUUCUGUUCAGUAAAGGGGUUUAACUUAGUUUCACUUUGUCUUCCAUGGUUACCCCGUCAGCCUUUGUAUCCUUGACCUCUGGCUUCUCUGACACUUGGAUCCUACUAAGGGUCUGAAUACCAUGAGUGGGAACUGUCCUCGAGGGUUUUCCUCCUGGCCUUAUGAGCUCUCCUCUAGAAAGCUGCUGAGAUUUCAGUGGUACAGUCCUGAUUCGUGUUUCUCCUACAGUUUAUUAACUCUUUCAGAACUGCGCUAUUCACCAAACUUUUGCCCAUGCCUUUUUAGGAGCAAAACUGCUCUUGGUUUGAUUACAACAGUUAGUCUUUGCCUUACUUACAAUACAUAAUUCAGGGCCUGGUUUCCUCUGAGGUUCUGAUAAAAGUCUGUUUCUCUCUUUCAGAAAGCUAUCUGAGGAUUCCUUUUCAACAUGGGUGUUGUCCACAGAGGCUGUACAUUAAGUGAUCCCUUUGGUUUUCCUGACAGUUUGGGUUAGAGAAACAUGCCCAGAAGUUUGGGCAACUAUUCUUGGCGUUCUGGUCCUUCAGUUUCCCCUUGGCUGCUCAGUACUCCUGGAGCUUCCGCUGCAGCAGAGGCGGGGCUGCGUCCCAGGCCCACCAUGACUCCUGAGACAGGUUUUCUUCAAAGGCCCCUCUAAUUUAAUUUUGUCACAAUCUGACCAUCAUAGAGCCAAAGCUGACAUAUGGUGAAUGGGCAUAUAGCAUGUAUGUUGUAUUGGUGAAAAUUGUACUGUAUAUUAUAUAUAAUAUAUAUUCUAAUGUUUAUGACCAGGUCUUGUACACUUACCAAAUGGCUAUGUUUGAACUAUGUAUGCUAUGACUUUCUGAGGAGGCUAAGAAUAUACCAUUCUACCACUUGCAAAGGACUGUGUUGUAUUUCUUAGAGCUCGUGGUUGAUUGAUAGUUCUGCCUAUAGAGAAAAUGCUGUGGCCUUAACAGUAACUCCGAAACUUGCCUCAAGAGGAAGAAAUGGGAAAGGCUGUAUUCAUUUCAUUAUAUUGGGAGUUCCCUUAGUAGCUGGUUUGGUAAAGCAGAAUCCUCCAGGAAGUACAGAGGGCUUCAAACUAAAGGGCCCGAUGAUUGUUUCUGCUUCUCAUCUCAAGGCGCACACAACCUUUAGGGAUUUAAGGUGUGAUAUGUCUAACUCACAAUGGUUUGCCUUCAUGAUGGUGUGAAAAUGUUCAAUAAAAAACUUUCAAUUUGGA